AUGCCCUGCGACAACACAACAAAGAACUCUUCGGACAUUGAACACGCCGAUUGGAGUACUGGCACAAGUCAGCCAUACCAUGUUAGAUUUGGUUCGGCCAGCAGCCAGGCGUCACAGAGCAGCGGUGACAUCUGUCGCAUUUGUCAUUGUGAAAGCGAUCCACAAAAUCCACUUUUAACACCAUGCUAUUGUUCCGGCAGUCUCAAAUAUGUACACCAGGCAUGCCUGCAACAAUGGUUGACUGCUUCCGAAACAAACUCCUGCGAAUUAUGCAAAUUUCCCUUUAUAAUGCACACCAAAAUCAAGCCAUUUAAUGAGUGGCGUAGCCUUGACAUUUCUGGCAUUGAACGGAGGCGAUUGUGUUGCACGUUGUUGUUUCAUUGCGCAGCAGCUCUCUGUGUAAUUUGGUCACUAUGUGUUCUAAUCGAACGUGCUGCUGAGGAUGUCCAACGUGGAAAGAUAGAAUGGCCCUUUUGGACAAAACUGGCUGUCGUUGCUGUGGGACUAACGGGUGGCAUAGUGUUCAUGUACAUUCAAUGUAAAGCCUAUUUACAUUUAUGUCAUCGAUGGAAAGCCCGAAAUAGGAUAUUGCUGAUACAAAAUGCUCCCGAAAAAAUACAUCCAACAUCUCCGCCAUCGCCAAAUGCACAACAACGUAAUCGCAACAGUAGUUCUUGUAAUCAGGCGCAUAACAUUGGCUCGAAUGCUCCAAAUGUCAAUAUAAACAUUGAUGUCAACAUGGCAAAUCCAAGGCCCACAUCCAGUUAUAACUACGCCUCAACAGUAGAGGUGAACGACGUGGAAGAUGUGACCGAUGGCAGUGAUCGACUGCCCACCUCGCCACAUCACAUGCUGCAACAUGCUGAUCUCGAUGUUGAUUCGAUGGUAUCGCAGACAUCGGCUGGCUUGCCCAGUCGAGCAUUGAGUAAGCAUCACCAUUCACACCACCACCACCAUCAUCUGCAGCAUCACCUGGCGACACAACAGCAGAAUCCACAGAAUCACAAUAAUCACUCGCAGUUGGGCCAAGUGGCUGUGGCGGCAAACAUUGAGUGUACCCAGUCGCAGCAUAACUAUGAUCGAGAUUUUGCUUUGGAUGAUGUUGUUUCACAGAUCUCAUCAUUCCGACCCUGUCCGCAGGGUUCGGGUAGUAUGACACCGUUCCAUGACUCUAUACACAAUGUUCUUGAACAUUCGGAGGACUCCAGUCGAGUAUCGGUAAAUGAUUUGUGUGUGGGUUCGCGCCAAGAUCUUAGCACAGAUGGUCUGUCGACUGAUACUGGGCGGGAACAUGCCAUGCAAUUGAGUAGUUUUAGUGGAAGUGGAGAUCAUAAGGCACCAUCAAUUAGUUCCGGAGUUUCACAUGCCGUGGCCAAUGGAUUGGGAGGCUUUGUUUAUAAGCCACACACUAAACGAUAUUCAAAUUCAUCCAUAUUCCUAGAAAAUCGUGAUAUACUCAAUGAUUCGGUAGACCUAGAUUUAGACAGCGGGCACUAUCAGAAACAUGACUUUGGAAGUGGUGCCGGUGGUGCAAACUGUAAUAUACUCACGCCACCCGACAGUGAUGGUGGUGACAAAUUAGAAAAAUACCUGGGCAAAGAUCUAAGACGAUACUCCGAUACAAAACUGCUGGGCAGUGCAGAUGUAGAGGCUUCGGAUCCCAUGCUGGCUUGUCACCCCACACAGCAACAGUUUAAUCCCUCACAGAGACUGGCCCCGCGGAAACGGCCGCUCAUUAAACAGUACUCUGAAUCUGCUGCCACUACCGUACUUGAUAUGGCAUUGCCACAUUCUCCACUUUCACCGCCCAACAUCCAUGACAUUCAGCCACCGCCACGACAUAUGGUGCGGCAUUCAAUGCAUACUGUCGAUAUAUUGGAUACGUCGGACACCUCGUUGCCGCAUCCAAUGGCCGCCGAUCUGUCCAAUAGCAGUCAGCAGCCAGCAUCUGCCAGCUAUCAACAACAUCAUCAGCAGCAACAAAUUGACAAAGGGCGACAGUUUUUCAAAUCGUUGCCAAAUCUGAGCAGUAGUUGCGAAAGUCUCAUUAAGAAAUAA